GUGGGGAUCGGCGAGAGACGUGUUGAGCUGUUCUUUUAUUCGCUUCCCUUGGUGGGCUUUGUCGCGCCCUUCUUAUUGCCGGGAAGGAGAGCACCAAGCUCGCCCCUACCUCCAAUCCGUAACCGAUGGCGAGAGACCGCGAGACCACGACGGUACGCCUUUAAGAAGAAGGUGCUCCAGUUGGACCUGCUUUUGUUCCUCCUCUCCCUUCGACGCCUCCUGCGUCCUCUGCUUUCGAGGUAAAAAUCCCACCUUUUCUUGCUCUCUCCUGCCGGAGGAGGCUGCAUUGCCCUCGUGUCCCUCGUUUCCGACCGCGAAGCGCUCGGAUCCGUGGAGGAAUUCGUUCGCCGACGCUGAAUAUACGGGAAAAGUGGGAUCUUGAUCGUGUUCGAAGAGGGUGGAGGUGAUGGCGCUGUCGUUCGGGUGGUGGGACAAGGACGCCCACCGGGGAACGCCGGUGAUCGUCAAGAUGGAGAACCCCAACUGGUCCAUCGCGGAGAUAUCGUCCCCUGAUGACGAUGAUGAUGAGUACGGUGCCGGCGAGGAGUUCGCCGCCGCCAGAGGAGGGACGCAGAAGGGUGCGCGUGGGAAGAACGCGAAGCAGAUCACGUGGGUGCUCCUCCUCAAGGCGCACCGCGCAGCGGGGUGCCUCACCUCCAUCGCCUCUGCUGCCGUCGGCCUCGCGUCCGCCGUGCGCCGCCGCGUCGCGUCCGGGCGGACGGACUCCGACGCCGCAUCCUCCCCGCCGGAGGAGAGCCCCGUGCUGCGCUCGCGGUUCUACUCCUGCAUCAAGGUCUUCCUCUGGCUCUCCGUCGUUCUUCUUGGCUUCGAGGUCGCCGCCUACAUCAAAGGCUGGCAUUUGAGCGCCGCGGCCAUGCAGCGAUUGGUCCUCCCUUCGUCCUCAGGAGCCCGAGGGCUCUUAGAGUGGCUGUACGCCGGGUGGGUCCGCUUCCGGGUGGAGUACAUUGCUCCGCCGCUCCAGUUCCUCGCGGACGCCUGCGUUGUCCUCUUCCUUAUCCAGAGUGCCGAUCGACUCAUCCUUUGCCUCGGCUGCUUCUGGAUCCGCUUCAAAGGGAUCAAGCCCGCGCCGAAGCGCUCCAUCGGAGCCUCCGAGGACCCCGAAUCUGGCGGCGAGGACUACCCCAUGGUUCUAGUCCAGAUACCCAUGUGCAAUGAGAAGGAGGUGUAUCAGCAAUCUAUAGCUGCGGUGUGCAAUUUGGAUUGGCCGAGGUCCAACAUUCUGGUUCAAGUGUUGGAUGACUCCGACGACCCCACAACGCAGGCUUUGAUCAGGGACGAGGUGGAGAAGUGGCAGCAGAACGGCGCUCGGAUCAUGUACCGACAUCGGGUGAUUCGAGAGGGUUACAAGGCAGGGAACCUCAAGUCGGCAAUGAAUUGUAGCUACGUCAAGGACUACGAGUUCGUGGCCAUAUUUGAUGCUGACUUCCAGCCCAUGCCCGACUUCUUGAAGCGGACUGUGCCUCAUUUCAAGGGCAACGAGGAUCUGGGAUUGGUGCAGGCGAGAUGGUCUUUCGUGAACAAAGAUGAGAAUUUGCUGACCCGGCUGCAGAACAUUAAUCUGUGCUUCCACUUUGAGGUGGAACAGCAGGUGAACGGGGUAUUCAUUAACUUCUUUGGGUUCAACGGCACGGCAGGCGUUUGGAGGAUCAAGGCACUAGAGGAUGCGGGAGGGUGGCUGGAGAGGACCACGGUCGAGGACAUGGACAUUGCAGUUCGUGCUCAUCUAAAGGGAUGGAAGUUCAUCUACCUUAAUGACGUGGAGUGCCAAUGCGAGUUGCCAGAGUCCUAUGAGGCUUACAGAAAGCAGCAGCAUCGGUGGCACUCAGGCCCUAUGCAGUUGUUUAGGCUCUGCUUGCCAGACAUCAUCAGAUCUAAGAUUGGGUUCUGGAAGAAGUCCAACUUAAUAUUUUUGUUCUUCCUCCUCCGGAAACUCAUAUUGCCUUUCUAUUCCUUCACCCUCUUCUGCAUCAUCCUCCCCCUAACGAUGUUUGUUCCUGAAGCUGAGCUUCCUGCAUGGGUAGUCUGCUACAUACCUGCGACCAUGUCUUUCCUCAACAUCCUGCCAGCCCUGAGAUCCUUCCCCUUUAUUGUCCCGUAUCUUCUAUUCGAGAACACCAUGUCGGUGACCAAGUUCAACGCGAUGAUCUCGGGUCUCUUCCAGCUUGGGAGUGCCUACGAAUGGGUUGUCACUAAGAAGUCUGGUCGUUCCUCCGAGGGUGAUCUUAUUUCUCUGGUGAAGAAGGAGCCCAAGCAGCAGCGAGGUGCCUCAGCACCCAACCUUGAAUCGAUGGCAAAGGAGGAACCCCGACCAAGAAAGGAAUCAAAGAAGAAGCACAAUAGGAUAUACCGGAAGGAGCUAGCACUUGCUUUCCUUCUGUUAACUGCUUCCGCUCGUAGCUUGCUGUCGGCGCAGGGUAUCCACUUCUACUUCCUCCUGUUCCAAGGAAUCUCAUUUCUACUGGUGGGCCUUGAUCUGAUAGGCGAGCAGAUUGAUUGAAAUAGCAGUUUUAAGUCAUGGAGAGAAACAUUGUCGCUCGGGAAAGGGUGCACGACGUGAUGCCCCUCCCUUCCCUUUCUGGAGAGAAAUCAAGUAAAACUUCCUCUCUAUGGAGAUGUAGAUAGUUCCACUCUCAGCCUGCUGCAUGCUUUAUUCUUUCAGGUAUGAUUCUUUUGUAAGAAAUUUUUGAUGUGCAGGGGGGAAUUUACCUACAGUAAAAACAAGUUUCUCCUUUCUGUUUGAAGACAGUUGAUAGUGAAAUAAGCUCAGGUUGAAUCAUUAUGUUGUGAAUUCCUCCUAUGAGGACACUGAAUGACUUCAAUAUUACCUUUACAUGAUGCAAAAGAUCAAUUUCUUAUUCCA